AUGGGUGACAAUUCAAGUAAGAGUUUGGGUGAGAGUUUAGAUGAUAGUUCAUAUGAGAGUGACAAUACUUCUGAAAUAGAUAUUGAAGUCCAACAGGUUGAUAGAAGUCAAUAUCAUAUUGCAACGGUGAUGGCUGCUUUUAUGGUUACAAACCAUGUUUUGAAAUACAUUGUCAAAGAAAAGAAAACUACGUCAAUUCUCUCCGGCCAACUAUGGUUUGUAGAGUUGAUAACAGGAAAUGAUAACAGGUUUUUUGAGCAACUUCGAAUGAGGAAACAAGUCUUUCAGAAUUUGGUAUGCGAGUUAACUAAUAAUUGUGGGUUGACACCUGCUAAACACAUUGGAGUUGAGGAAAGUGUUGGGAUAUUCUUAUAUAUGAUAGGGCAACCUUCCUCAUAUAGAAAUGCCCAAGAGCGAUUUCAACAUUCUAGUGAGACCAUUCAUAAACAUUUCAACAGAGUUUUAGAAGCUUAUAUCAGAGAUGAUAAUAGAUAUUGGCCUUACUUCAAAGACUGUAUAGGGGCAAUAGAUGGCACACAUAUUAAAAUACAUGUCCCAACAGAGAAACAAAAACCGUUUUUCAAUAGGAAAGGACAUACAAGUACUAAUGUGAUGGCUGUGUGUGACUUCAAUAUGUGCUUUACUUUUGCAUUGUGUGGAUGGGAAGGAUCUGUUCAUGAUGCAAAGAUUCUUAUGGAUACUCUUCGUAAACCCAAUUUACGAUUUCCUUAUCCCACAGAAGGUAAAUACUAUCUUGUAGAUUCAGGAUACCCGCCACUUAAAGGUUUUUUGGCACCAUACAAGAAUGCAAGGUAUCAUCUUACACAUUUUAGACUUGCUCCAGGAUUCAGAUCAAGAAAUGAAAUUUUUAAUUAUUAUCAUUCUAGUUUGAGAAGUGUGAUUGAAAGAACUUUUGGCGUGGUAAAAGCAAGAUGGAAAGUAUUACAAGAAAUGCCUAAUUUCAAGCUUCAAACUCAAAUGGCUAUUAUUUGGGCUUGUUUUGCACUUCAUAACUUUUUAAGAAGAACAGACUCAAGUGACUUGGAUAUUCUUGAAAGUUUAGAGAACAUCAAUGGUUUACAAGACAAUGAGCAAGACUUCCAUGAAGGAGAUGGAAAUGGUGUACCUACUCAUGGUGAAUGGCAAGCUCCAACUCAAGCUGAUGUUAGAUAUAUUGAAGAAAUAAGAAACACUAUCAGAGACCAAUUGCCAAGAAACAUGGGGCGACAACGGCAUUAA